CGAUAGCAGCAUCGAAAGUUUGUCGGCACUUGCAGCACUAUCGAUUAAACGUCUCAGCUGGCAGUGUCAUUACAUAGUUUUGUGUGUACAGAGAAAAAGGUUAAUAUAAACAUUUUGAAGCUUUUACAAAACAACGCGACAGAAAAUGGUUAAAUCACCCGAGACAGUUGCUCUGAAUGAGCUCGAUAAGGAUCAAAUGAAAACAUUUUCCGAUUUCUUGAUGUCAUAUAACAAACUGUCUGAAAUGUGUUUUACGGACUGUGUGCGCGACUUUACAUCGCGGGAUGUCAAGGAAUCAGAGGACAAAUGCUCUUUAAACUGCAUGGAAAAGUAUCUGAAGAUGAACCAAAGAGUCUCACAGCGUUUCCAGGAGUUCCAAAUGAUUGCCAACGAGAAUGCGCUGGCCAUGGCCCAAAAGACCGGCAAGCUGUAGAUAAUUAACUUGAACAAUUACUUUAAGCCAUUCUAUUCACUAUUCAGUGCAACAGUGUUGUAUGUCAUAAAUAAACCCAAAUCGCUAAAUGUAAAAGCUAGUCUCAAGGAAUUAUGCAAUAACUUCUUUGAAGCUAUCUCAACCAAAUAUAAAUAUUGUUACUACACACAUA